ACAGAGCGGCGACGAUCCGCUGCGAAGGAUACCGCCCCGCUGCGGGGACGGGACAACCGCCAGGCGAGAUGGCCGCUAUCCCUUUCUUCCUCGCAUCCCGCAUCGCAACGACCCCUUGGCACCCAUGAAGCCCCCGUUGAUGAAGCCAAAACCGGCUAAAGCAAGGCGGAAAGAGGCCACUGAGAGAGAGAAUGUACUGGCGCGUCGGGUUCGCCUGGACGCGCUCAUGUGUGGUUGAUCUUGGACGGAACCAGAGCUUCUCCUUCGGCUUGUGUGGCUCCAAUGAGCAGCUCUCGUUGUAUGGGUACAUCAUCGCCUACCCUCUGCAGGACUACGGCGGGAUCAUGCCGCUCCUUGGGUCGGACUCGUGGUGGCGGAAAACGCUCUAUCUGACCGGGGGCGCUCUGCUUGCCGCCGCUGCCUAUCUACUGCACGAGCUGCUCGCCAUCAGGAAGGAGCAGGAGCUGAACUCUAAAGAUGCCAUCAUCCUCCACCAGUUCUCCAGGCCAAAGAGUGGUGUCCCUUCCCUCUCCCCCUUCUGCCUCAAGAUGGAGACCUACCUACGCAUGGUGGACCUGCCCUACCAGAACUACUUUGAUGGGAAGCUGUCUCCCCAGGGGAAGAUGCCAUGGAUAGAGUACAACCAGGAGCAGGUGUCUGGUACAGAGUUCAUCAUCGACUUCCUGGAGCAGAAGCUGGGCGUGAGCCUCGACAAGAACCUCAGUCCCCCAGAGAAGGCUGUGUCCCAGGCUGUCACCAAGAUGGUGGAGGAACACUUCUACUGGACCAUAGCUUACUGUCAGUGGGUGGACAACCUGGAGGAGACCCAGAAGAUGCUGGCGGUGAGCGGGCCACUGAGUGACCUACUCAAGUGGAUCCUGAGUCACCUGACUGGCGGCAUCGUGAAGAGGGAGAUGUACGGCCACGGGAUUGGACGGUUCACCAAGGAGCAGGUCUACACUCUAAUGGAGAAGGACAUGAGAACGCUGGCCACCCUGCUCGGUGAUAAGAAGUACCUGAUGGGUCCUAAGCUGUCCUUGGUGGAUGCCACUGUGUUCAGCCAUCUAGCCCCUGCCAUGUGGACCCUGCCGGGCACAAGGCCAGAGCAACUCAUCAAAGGCGAGCUGAUCAACCUGGCCAUUUACUGUGAGAGGAUCCGCCGGCGCUUCUGGCCCGAGUGGUUCAUUGACCUGGAGGAUUUCUGUUACGAUGACACCACAGAGGACGAUGACUCCCCGUCCAAACUCCAGGACCUGGGGCUCUACUCCCGUACAGACACCUUCCAGGAUGAGACCAGCCCUCCUCACACACACACGCCCACGCACACACACACAAUCUCGCCAGACAGUGACCACACGGGCCACUCGCUAUACGACUCGGACAUGGACACAGAGUGCUCCGAGAUGGAGCAGCUCAAGUGUUGAUCGCUGUAUGACACACACACGACACACACACCGCCAGGAGGGGAAUCGUGUGUCGUCGUCCCCUCCCCACCCCCCUCCCCAACACAGCGCCCUGUACCUGUUGAGCAGGGAAUAACUACUGGGGGGCAUUUCUUGUUGCCAGAGGCUGUUGUUGUUUGUGCUAAUGAGUGAUGGAUUCAGAGAUUCUACACACACAAUGGGCUAGAAGAAAUGAAAGACUGAAUAUAGAGAUAAAGGAGUAGAGAUAGAGGAGUAGAGAUAGAGGAGUAGAGAUAGAGGAGUAGAGAUAGAGGAGUAGAGAUAGAGGAGUAGAGAUAGAGGAGUAGAGAUGAAGGAGUAGAGAUAGAGGAGUAGAGAGAAAAACAGCCAAAGAGGAAAAGAUAAACCGAUGGAGAAAAGAGUUGAGAAAAAGAAGGAUCAGGAGUUAAUGACGCCAUCGCUGAGAAACUCCUCCGCCUGGGUUUCCCAUUGUCGAGUUGAUGUUACCAUGGCAACAGCGUGUGUGUUACCUGUGUCCCCCAAAUGAGAUGCGUUGUCCCAACCAUGUGUGUUUGACAUACUGACCCCCUGACUUGCGUCCUUGCAAAAUAUGAAUCAUUGUAUUGAUAUUAUAUUGAUAUGUCAGACACUGUUCAGACAAGAUGCAGAUGAGUGCAGUUCCAUAUAAAUACGUCAUCAGA